AUGGCUACCAACAAGUACGAACCCUCCUAUGAAAUCACGGGCAAGGACUCCAAUGGCACCCCAACUACCAGUGAUGAAGUGGAACCGGGUACUGGUAUCACCCAAGCGGGCCUGGCGAAGAUCACAAAGGUGUCCUCUAUCGUGACAGUCUUGGUUGCUGGUCUGGCAUUGUUUAGUGAUGGCUACAAUGCCCAGAUCAUCGGCUACAUGGAGCCAUUGUUCAGCGAGCUGUACAAAGAUGGCAUGUCUUCGACCAUCAAAACCCGUUUGUCGAAUGCCUACCUUAUUGGAGAAAUCUUCGGCAUGCUUUUCUUCGGAUAUGUCAUCGACAAGAUAGGGCGUAGAACAGGGAUCUUCUUUGCCACAUUUUUCUUGGUCUUAGGUGUCGUCCUGGCUACGGCUGCGCACGGCACAAGUCAGCUUGGGAUGUUCUGGAUGAUGAUUGUUGCACGGGGUGUCGCCGGGUUCGGCGAGUAUCCAACUUGUGCCACAGGUAGUGCUGAAGCUUCUGAUGAGAGCAAGUACGUCCGCCGUAAACGUGGCUUCUUGGUCGCGGUAGCAACCGAUUUUGCCAUUGAUUUCGGCUUCGUCAUUGCUGGAGUGGUUGCUCUUAUUGUCAUCGAAGCCUACGACGAAAAUAUCUCAUCCGGUAUCUGGAGAGUCUGCUUCGGUCUGGGUUUCGUUCUGCCAGUGAUCCUUUUCUUCUUCCGGAUGCGAAUGAUCGAGUCGACACAAUACCGCAAGCAUGCGAUUAAGCGGAACAUUCCAUACUGGCUCGUUAUCAAGCGCUAUUGGAGGCCAAUGGUGGGAACGUCUUUGGCCUGGUUCUUCUAUGACUUUGUGACCUACCCCUUCGGCAUCUUUAGCUCGACUAUUAUCGGGCAGCUAAAUCCCGGCAACACUCUCAUCCAAAACAUCGGGUAUGGCACGGUGGUGAACUGCUUCUACCUUCCAGGAUGCUUGAUCGGAGGCCUUCUCAUGGACCAUAUCGGUCGCAGAAACACAAUGGUCUUGGGAUUCUUCUGCUGGGCGGUACUUGGCUUCAUCUUGGGAGGGGCCUUGAAUCCCAUCCAGUCAGUCUUUCCGCUCUUUGUCGUCCUCUACGGCAUCUUCAACAGCUUCGGAGAAAUGGGCCCUGGAGUUGCGACUUUUCUUUGCGGGGCGGAGAGUUUCCCAACGCCGGUCAGAGGACAUUUUCUGGGCUUUGCGGCGGCGGUGGGAAAGGCGGGUGCGGCGAUUGGGACACAAGUCUUCACACCGAUUCAAAAUUCGUUCUCCGAUGUUCAGAAAGGUACCCAGGGGGUCUUUCUCAUCGGCGCCGCGUUUGCAUUGUGUGGAGGGAUCGUCGCCUGGGUCUUCAUUCCCGACCGAGAUCGAGAGUUGGAAAGCGAGGACGUCAAAUUCAGGGAGUACCUGGAGGCUCAUGGUUAUGAUGGGGAUUUUGGGGAGUCACUGAUCCAAGAGGUCAAGACUACCUCAUUCAGGAAGGAGAGUCUCAAGACUACUUGA